UGUCCCUAUGAUGUGAUUGGUGGGAGCCACAAAAGUACAGCAGCUGUACUUUUGUUCUACCGCUUGCUCUUCAUCCCUGGUCUCUGCCUCAACACCACGGCUCUCUGGGUGCUAUGUACACACAUCAGUAAGAAGACCAAGGCAGUGAUCUUCAUGGUGAACCUGGCUCUAGCUGACCUCCAUGUCAUGUCUUUGCCUCUGAGGAUCCACUACUACCUUGACCAUCACCUUCCUGGUGAGAACACACUGUGUCUGUUCUGUUUCUACCUCAAAUACCUCAACAUGUUCACUUCCAUCACCUUCCUGGUGUGUAUCAGUGUCCAGAGGUGUGUGUUUUUGCUACAGCCCUUCUAUGCCCGGCGGUGGAGACGGCGUUAUGACCUGUUGAUCAGCGCCACCGUGUGGCUGGUGGUGGGAAUAGGUUGUUCUCCUUUUAUUAUCAUGAGGAUCAGCAACAGCACUGUACCCAGCCAAUACACCCCUAGCCCCAGUACCAGUCUUAUACCCAGCUCUAACCCCAGCCAAUACACUGGUAGUCCUAUUCCAUACUCCACACCCUCCACCUUACCUUACACAAGACCCAUCGACGGCUGUUUUAAGGACCUGCCCACCAGGAAACUGCCCCUUCCCCUGGUGGCAGCCAUGAUGGUGCUUGCGGAGCUGUUUGGGUUUGUGUUACCGCUCAGUGCCAUCAGUUACUGCUCUCUCCGGAUCGCUCACUCACUGAAACAGAGACAGGACAGCCGCUGCCCCUCGACCAGCCAGGCCCAACCCUCAGCCCAGACAGACAGAGAGCACCACCACAACCACCCCUGCCCCUCGACCAGCCAGGCCCAACCCUCAGCCCAGACAGACAGAGAGCACCACCACAACCACCGCUGCCCCUCGACCAGCCAGGCCCAACCCUCAGCCCAGAUGAACAGGCCGAUCGACAAAGAAAAGCGUCGUGCCCUGAGGAUGGUUAUGAGCUGCUCGGCUCUAUUCCUGUUCUGUUUCGCUCCGUACCACGUCAAUUUCCUGUUGUACGUGAUGGUGUCUCAGGAUAUAGUGUCCCACUGCCCCACGAUGCUGGUGGUGCGUAAUUUCCACCCUGUUUCUCUGUGUGUAGCCAGUCUUUCCUGCUGUCUGAACCCUUUGUUAUAUUACUUCCUCACUGCAGAGUUCAGACAGCACCUCUCCCAACGCACCUCCUCCCUCUCCUCCUCCAUUAGAGGCCGGCUCAUGAGCCUGGAAAGCACCUCCUCUUUUAGGGAGUAACACCUCCUGUAGGGAGCACUUUGUCUCCUCCUUCUCUCCUCAAUCAAUCAAAUGUAUUUAUAUAUCCCUUCUUACAUCAGCUGAUAUCUCUAAGUGC